GCGCGGCGCCGUCCCCGCCGGGCCGCCAUGUUGUCGGAGUGAAAGGCAGGGGGAGAGGCAGGCGGCGAGCGGCCUGGGGGGGGCCGAGAUCCGUCUUCAUCCUACCGCUCCGCCCGUGUUGGUGGAAUGAGCGUUGCGUGUGUGUUGAAGAGAAAAGCAGUACUCUGGCAGGACUCCUUCAGCCCCCACCUGAAACAGCACACUCAAGAUACAGCUAAUCCCACCAUGCCUGUUGUACUGACAUCUGGAACAGGGUCCCAGGCUCAGCCCCAGCCAGCUGCAAACCAAACCCUUGCAGCAGGGACACACUCCAGUCCUGUCCCUGGAUCCAUAGGAGUUGCAGGCCGCUCCCAGGACGACGCUAUGGUGGAUUACUUCUUCCAGAGGCAGCAUGGUGAGCAGCUUGGGGGAGGAGGAAGUGGUGGAGGCGGCUAUAAUAACAGCAAACAUCGCUGGCCUACUGGGGAUAACAUUCAUGCAGAACAUCAGGUGCGUUCCAUGGAUGAACUGAAUCAUGAUUUUCAAGCACUUGCUCUGGAAGGACGGGCUAUGGGAGAGCAGCUGUUGCCGGGUAAAAAGUUUUGGGAAUCUGAUGAUUCCAGCAAAGAUGGACCAAAAGGGAUAUUUCUGGGAGAUCAGUGGAGAGACAGUGCUUGGGGAACAUCAGAUCACUCUGUUUCCCAACCAAUUAUGGUUCAGAGAAGACCUGGUCAGGGGUUUCAUGUGAAUAGUGAAGUCAACUCAGUGCUUUCACCACGGUCAGAGAGUGGAGGACUUGGAGUUAGCAUGGUGGAGUAUGUGUUGAGCUCAUCUCCUGGAGAUUCCUGCCUAAGGAAAGGAGGAUUUGGGCCAAGGGAUGCUGAGAAUGAUGAGAAUGACAAAGGGGACAAGAAAAACAAGGGCACAUUUGAUGGUGAUAAAUUAGGAGAUCUGAAGGAGGAGGGGGAUGUGAUGGAUAAAACAAAUGGUUUGCCAGUGCAGAAUGGAAUCGAUGCAGAUGUCAAAGACUUCAGCCGUACCCCUGGUAACUGCCAGAACUCUGCCAGUGAAGUGGAUCUUCUGGGUCCAAACCAGAAUGGUUCAGAGGGCUUAGCCCAGCUGGCGAGUACUAACGGUGCCAAACCAGUGGAGGAUUUCUCCAACAUUGAAUCCCAGAGUGUCCCCCUGGAUCCCAUGGAGCACGUGGGCAUGGAGCCUCUUCAGUUUGAUUAUUCUGGCACUCAGGUACCCGUGGACUCAGCCGCAGCCACCGUGGGGCUCUUUGAUUACAAUUCCCAACAGCAGCUGUUCCAAAGACCCAAUGCACUUGCUGUGCAACAGCUGACAGCAGCCCAGCAGCAGCAGUAUGCCCUGGCAGCUGCCCACCAGCCUCACAUAGGUUUAGCUCCUGCUGCCUUUGUCCCCAACCCAUACAUCAUCAGUGCUGCACCUCCAGGAACGGAUCCCUACGCAGCUGGACUCGCGGCCGCUGCCACGUUAGGCCCAGCAGUGGUUCCUCACCAGUACUAUGGAGUUACUCCCUGGGGAGUUUAUCCUGCCAGCCUCUUCCAGCAGCAAGCGGCCGCCGCUGCCGCUGCAACAAAUUCUGCAAAUCAGCAGACAACUCAGCAAACCCAGCAGGGCCAGCAGCAGGUUCUCCGUGGAGGAGCCAGUCAGCGUCCUUUGACCCCAAACCAGAACCAGCAGGGACAGCAGACUGAUCCACUGGUGGCUGCUGCAGCUGUCAACUCUGCCCUUGCCUUUGGACAAGGGCUGGCAGCAGGGAUGCCAGGUUACCCAGUGCUGGCUCCUGCUGCUUACUAUGACCAAACUGGUGCUCUGGUGGUGAAUGCAGGGGCCAGGAAUGGCCUGGGGGCUCCUGUCCGCCUGGUGGCUCCUGCUCCUGUCAUCAUCAGCUCCUCUGCAGCUCAAGCAGCAGUUGCAGCAGCUGCAGCUUCGGCCAACGGCGCAGCGGGCGGCCUGGCAGGAACCACAAAUGGACCAUUUCGCCCUCUAGGAACUCAGCAGCCCCAACCCCAGCCCCAGCAGCAGCCCACCAACAACCUGGCAUCCAGCUCGUUUUAUGGCAACUCUCUCAGCAGCAAUUCCCAGAGCAGCUCCCUCUUUUCUCAGGGCUCUGCCCAGCCUGCCAACACCUCCCUGGGGUUCGGGAGCAGCAGCUCUCUCGGUGCCACGCUGGGCUCUGCACUGGGAGGAUUUGGGACAGCAGUCGCUAACUCCAACACGGGCAGCGGCUCCCGACGAGACUCCCUUACAGGGAGCAGUGACCUGUACAAGAGGACAUCCAGCAGUUUGACACCUAUAGGACACAGUUUUUAUAAUGGCCUUGGGUUUUCCUCCUCUCCUGGACCUGUGGGAAUGCCUCUGCCCAGCCAAGGACCUGGCCACUCCCAGACUCCACCACCUUCCUUAUCUUCACAUGGAUCGUCUUCAAGUUUAAACCUGGGAGGGCUCACAAAUGGGAGUGGACGGUACAUCUCUGCUGCCCCUGGAGCUGAAGCCAAGUACCGCAGUGCCAGCAGUGCCUCCAGCCUCUUCAGCCCCAGCAGCACCCUCUUCCCCUCCUCCCGCCUGCGCUAUGGGAUGUCGGAUGUGAUGCCCUCGGGCCGCAGCCGCCUGCUGGAGGAUUUCCGUAACAACCGCUACCCCAACCUGCAGCUGCGGGAGAUCGCGGGGCACAUCAUGGAGUUCUCCCAAGAUCAGCACGGAUCCAGGUUUAUUCAGCUGAAACUGGAACGUGCUACCCCAGCAGAACGUCAGCUUGUGUUCAAUGAGAUCCUCCAGGCAGCCUAUCAGUUGAUGGUUGAUGUAUUUGGAAAUUAUGUCAUCCAGAAGUUCUUUGAAUUUGGCAGCCUGGAACAGAAGUUAGCUCUGGCAGAACGUAUCCGUGGCCAUGUUCUGUCCCUGGCUCUGCAGAUGUAUGGCUGUAGGGUGAUCCAGAAGGCCCUUGAGUUUAUUCCCCCAGACCAGCAGGUAAUUAAUGAGAUGGUAAGGGAGUUGGAUGGCCACGUCCUCAAGUGUGUGAAAGACCAGAAUGGGAACCAUGUGGUGCAGAAGUGCAUUGAGUGUGUGCAGCCUCAGUCCCUGCAGUUCAUCAUUGAUGCAUUUAAGGGCCAGGUUUUUGCAUUGUCUACACAUCCCUAUGGCUGUCGUGUGAUCCAGAGGAUCCUUGAACACUGUCUUCCUGAGCAGACCCUUCCCAUCUUGGAGGAACUUCACCAGCACACUGAGCAGCUGGUUCAGGAUCAGUAUGGGAACUAUGUUAUCCAGCAUGUACUAGAACAUGGUCGACCUGAGGAUAAAAGUAAGAUUGUAGCAGAAAUCAGAGGCAACGUGCUGGUGUUGAGUCAACAUAAAUUUGCUAGCAACGUGGUGGAGAAGUGUGUGACCCACGCGUCCCGCACCGAGCGGGCCAUGCUGAUCGAUGAGGUGUGCACUAUGAAUGAUGGCCCUCACAGUGCCUUAUACACCAUGAUGAAGGAUCAGUAUGCCAACUACGUGGUGCAGAAGAUGAUUGAUGUGGCAGAGCCUGCGCAGAGGAAGAUUGUCAUGCACAAGAUCCGGCCUCACAUCGCUACCCUGCGUAAAUACACCUAUGGCAAACACAUCUUGGCCAAGCUGGAGAAGUACUACAUGAAGAAUGGGGUGGACCUUGGGCCCAUCUGUGGCCCCCCAAAUGGUAUCAUUUGAGGCACAUGCUGGGGAGGAGCUCACUGGCCAGCAGCACCCAGAGCCAGCAACCCACAAAAUCCCAGUAUACAGCUCAAAAAGGUUUUGUGGUUGCUGAGCAGCUGAGAAGCAAACAAAAAGACAAAAACAAAACAAAGGAAAAAAAAACAGAAAAGCUUUUGUAAAUUUCUUUAAUUUUAUUAUGCAUAACAUGUACUAAUUAUUUUUUUUAAUUAACUAAUUGCCCUGCUGUUUUACUGGUGUAUAGAAUACUUGUACAUAGGUAUCAAAUGUACAUGGAAGGCCACAUUUUUGUUCACUGUUGUAUCUAUAUUCCAAGUAUGGAAACUUUCAGGGUGGUUGGUUUGAAGAAAACAAACAAACAAAAACAACCCAAAAACCUGUUUUUAAUUCAUCUUGCCUCGCAGGCAACUUCUUUUGCAAAUAAUCUGCUCCUUCUCCUUUUAGCCCAAAAAAUCAGCGAGAAGUUGGGAUUUUAGUUCAAGAGCACAGAGGAGGCACUGAAUGCUGGUUAGAAACCUAAACCCAAAAUUCAACUUGCUAAAGCUUCAGUUUCAAAAAACAACAACAACAAAAAGAGAAGUUUUUGAAACUUUUUAAUUGCUUUUUUAAUUAUUUUUCUUUUUUUUUUUUUUUUAGUCUAACAUGCUAAAGAAGGUGGCUUGGCUGUCCUGUCCUUUUUUGGGGUAGAAAAACGUAUACACCUGGAAAGAUUUUAAAGCAAGGGGGUGGGAGGUGGGUGGACUUGUUUACUGCCUACUCAGUUGGUUUUGUUCACAUGCAGAGACACAAUUUGAUUAUUUAGCAUGAGGAAAAAAAAAAAUCCAACUCGGCUUUGGUCUUGCUUCUAUAAAUAUAUAGUGUAUACUUGGUGUAGACUUUACAUAUAUAAAAAUUUGUAGUAUUUUCUUGUUUUGAUGUCUGAUCUGUAUCUAUAAUGUACCCUAGUAGUGGAACAUACUUCUGACUGUACAAUUGUACAUUUGUAAACCUCUGUAAUGUAAAUGUGGAGAAGUUUGAAUCGACAUAAACCCGUUUUUUGGUAAGAAAAAAAAAAAAAGAAUUAGCAAAACCUGUGCAUUUCAGUGUAUAUUCACACCUUUUAUGGUCGUAGCAUAUAGUGUUGUAUAUUGUAAAUUGUAAUUUCAACCAGAAGUAAAUUUUUUCUUUUGAAGGAAAUGUUCUCUUUAUACAGCCUAGUUAAUGUUUAAACAAAAUAAAAAUAAUUGCUUGGUUUUAUUUGUCACCUAGUUGAACAGUAGCAAUCCUUUCUAAAUGUUAUACAAAGAUGAUUCAGUUCAAAAUAGUGUUUUUUUGAAUCUUAAAAAGUAAUGUUUUGCUUAUUUUGUGACAGUAAGAAACAAAAAGUGCAAAAGUACAGAACUCCCCUAGUUUUCCUUACAAUCAGAGUCCCUUUUCACCUUGUAAAGUGUGAAUCACCUCCCCUUUUUGUACAGAAGAUGAACUGUAUUUUGCAUUUUGUCUACUUGUAAGUGAAUGUAACAUACUGUCAAUUUUCCUUGUUUGAAUAUAGAAUUGUAACACUACACGGUGUACAUUUACAGAGCCUUGUGUAUAUUUCCAAUGAACUUUUUUGCAAGCACACUUGUAACCAUAUGUGUAUAAUUAACAAACCUGUGUAUGCUUAUGCCUGGGCGACUAUUUUUUGUAACUCUUGUGUAGAUUGUCUCUAAACAACGUGUGAUCUUUAUUUUGAAAAAUACAGAACUUUGGAAUCUGC